AUGGCCCCAAAGUUAGCAUCGAAGCAUUCAAAGGGAUCAAACCAAAAGAGAUCUCAUAGGAAGAAAAAGGAAAGUUAUUCCACUUAUAUUUACAAAGUAUUGAAGCAGGUACAUCCAGAGACUGGUAUUAGCAAGAAAUCUAUGAUGAUAAUGAAUAGCUAUAUCCAAGAUACAUUUGAGAAGAUUGCCCAACAAGCUGCUCAGUUAUGUCAAACAACUAAGAAGGAUACUAUAGCAUCUAGAGAGAUUCAAACAGCUGUUCGUCUUGUAUUGCCAGGGGAGCUUGCUAAACAUGCAGUUUCUGAGGGUACUAAGGCUGUUACUAAGUUUACAGGUGGACAGAAGUGA